CUGCCCUGUCUCCCCGAGUGUCUCUGAAACUCCACUCAGUGAGAAUUGGGGGAGUAGAUGGGCUCGUCUCUACUACUUGCGCGCCCGGACCUCACGGAGUGAAUGAAAUGAUUUCUUCUGCACAUUUAAAGUGGACUAAAACAGCUACACGAUGAACACCUGCGCCUUUCUGUUGAUUUUGACUGUUCAGAUCUACGCCGAUGGCAUUGAGGGGCCAACAGCGGCAGGCUGCACGUUUGAAGAGGAUUCAGACCCCAGUCUGUGUGACUUCACCCAGGGGGAGGAAGAUGACUUUGAUUGGCUGCUGUUUCGGACCUACAGUUCACCUUAUGCCAGCUCUGACCUCUUGCGGGGAUCCUAUAUGUUGGUGAACUCCUCCCAGCAUGCUGUGGGUCAUCGUGCUCAGCUGCUGCUGCAGACACUGAGUGAAAAUGACACGCACUGUGUCCAGUUCAGCUAUUUCCUGUACAGCCGUGAUGGCCACAGUCCAGGAGCCCUACGGGCAUAUGUGCGAGUCAACGGCGGUCCACUUGGCAGUCCAGUAUGGAACACGUCGGGGUCUCACGCUAAGCAGUGGCACCAGGUUGAGCUGGCUGUCAGCACCUUCUGGCCUAAUGAAUACCAGGUACUGAUUGAAGCAACAGUUUCCAGGGAGCGGCGAGGCUACAUUGCCAUAGAUGACAUCAUGGUGCUCAACUAUCCCUGCUAUAAGGCGCCGCACUUCUCCAGGCUAGGAGAUGAGGAGGUCAAUGCUGGACAAAAUGCUACUUUCCAGUGUGUUGCUGCUGGAAGAGCAUCAGAGGCUGAGAAGUUCCUGCUGGAGAGACACAAUGGGGACAUUUUAACAACAGCUUCGGUCAAGCACUUGAGUCACCGGCGCUUUGUGGUAUCCUUCCAGCUAGACAGCGUCCAGCGAAUGGAUCAAGACCUUUACCGCUGUGUCACUCAGUCCCCCAGGGGCUCUGGGGUCUCAAACUUUGCGGAACUUGUUGUCAAAGUACCUCCGUCCCCCAUUGCGCCACCCCAGCUGCUGCGUGCUGGCUCCACUUACCUGAUCAUCCAGCUCAACACCAACUCUAUCCUGGGAGAUGGCCCCAUUAUCAGAAAGGAGAUUGAGUACCGCGCCAGCCAAUCUCCAUGGUCAGAGGUGCAUGGAGUCAACAUGGUCACGUAUAAACUGUGGCACCUGGAUCCAGACACAGAGUACCACAUCAGUGUGCUGCUGACACGGCCUGGAGAGGGAGGAACUGGCCCACCUGGACCGCCUCUUGUGAGCAGGACCAAAUGUGCAGAGCCCAUGCGUACAUUGCGGGGCCUCACGGCCACAGAUAUCCAGUCCAGGCAGUUGUCCCUGCAGUGGGAGAAUUUGGCGUUCAACCUGACACGUUGCCACACCUACUCAGUGUCCCUGUGCUACCGCUACACCACGGCGGGAGGUGGUGGAGGCCACAACACCACCGUGCGCGAGUGCCUGGCAGUGGAACACAACGCCUCACGCUUCACGCUUCGUGAUCUGCCACCCUACCACGGCAUCUAUGUCCGUCUGUCACUGGCCAACCCAGAGGGAAAGAAAGAGGGCAGAGAGGUCACCUUCCAGACUGAGGAGGACAUUCCCGGAGGCAUAGCACCAGAGUCACUCACCUUCACCCCGCUGGAUGACAUGAUCUUCUUGAAAUGGGAGGAGCCCGUUGAGCCCAAUGGCCUUAUUACCCAAUAUGAGAUCAGUUACCAGAGUAUUGAGUCGUCUGAUCCAGGCAUCAACGUCCCAGGACCUAGAAGAACUGUGUCCAAACUGAAGAAUGAGACCUACCACAUGUUCUCCAACCUCCACCCCGGAACUACUUACCUUAUCUCCGUUCGAGCCCGUACUGCCAAGGGCUUUGGCCAGACCGCCCUCACCGAAAUCACCACUAACAUCUCAGCUCCUACGUUUGAUUAUGGAGACAUGCCGUCCCCACUGAGUGAGACAGAGAGCACAAUUACUGUCCUGCUGCGCCCCGCCCAAGGCAGAGGGGCACCUGUCAGUACGUACCAGGUGGUGGUUGAAGAAGAGACAGGGAAGAAAGUGAAGAGAGAGCUGGGGCUUCAGGAGUGUUUCCCGUUGCCCAUGUCCCAUGGUGAGGCGCAGGCCCGGGGCACACCACACUACUACACAGCCGAGCUGCCACCCAGCAGCCUCCCAGAGGCCAGUCCCUUCACUGUGGGCGACAAUCACACUUACAACGGCUAUUGGAACAGCCCUUUGGACCCACGCAAAAGCUACCUUGUCUACUUCCAGGCUAUGAGCAACUUCAGAGGGGAAUCCAGAAUAAACUGCAUCCGCAUCGCUCGCAAAGCUGCCUGCAAAGAUCACCGCAAGGCUCUGGAGGUGUCCCAGCACUCUGAGGAGAUGGGUCUGAUUCUUGGGGUGUGCGCUGGAGGUCUGGUAGUCCUCAUCCUUCUGCUUGGCGCAGUCAUCAUCAUCAUUAAGAAAGGAAGGGACUACUACUCUUACUAUCCGAAACCAGUGAACAUGAAUAAGACACCCAUCACCUACCGGCAGGAGAAGAGCCAUAUGGGGUCCAUGGAGCGCAGUUUCACAGACCAGAGCACCCUACAGGAGGAUGAAAGAAUGGCCCUUUCCUUCAUGGAUGCACACACCUGCGGCACACGCAGUGACGCUCGUAGUUCAGUGAAUGAGGCCAGCAGCCUUCUGGGAGGCUCUCCGAGGCACCAGUGUGGACGUAAAGGCUCCCCAUAUCAUACAGGGCAGCUCCACCCUGCCGUCCGAGUGGCUGACCUUCUCCAGCACAUCAACCAGAUGAAGACUGCCGAAGGCUACGGCUUUAAACAGGAAUAUGAGAGCUUCUUUGAUGGCUGGGACUGCACAAAGAAGAAGGACAAAACCAAAGGGAGGCAUGACACCUUGUUGGGAUAUGACCGCCACAGAGUCAAGCUCCACCCACUCCUGGGAGACCCAAACUCAGACUACAUUAACGCUAACUACAUUGAUGGCUACCAUCGAUCCAACCACUUCAUCGCCACUCAGGGACCCAAGCAGGAGACUCUGUAUGAUUUUUGGAGGAUGGUGUGGCAGGAAAAUUGUUUCAGCAUCGUCAUGAUCACCAAACUGGUGGAGGUUGGCAGGGUGAAAUGCUGUAAAUACUGGCCUGAUGACAGUGAGAUGUAUGGUGACAUCAAAAUCACUCUGCUUAAGACAGAGACACUGGCUGAAUACACAGUUCGCACCUUUGCCUUGGAGAGGAGAGGAUACUCAACUAAGCACGAGGUGCGUCAGUUCCACUUCACAUCCUGGCCUGAGCAUGGGGUGCCCUUUCACGCCACUGGACUCCUGGCAUUUAUACGAAGAGUGAAAGCCUCUACGCCUCCUGACGCUGGCCCUGUGGUGGUCCACUGCAGUGUGGGGGCGGGCCGCACCGGCUGCUACAUCGUGCUGGACGUCAUGUUGGACAUGGCCGAGUGUGAAGGUGUGGUGGAUAUCUACAACUGUGUCAAAACCCUCUGCUCUCGACGCAUCAACAUGAUCCAGACAGAGGAGCAGUAUAUCUUUAUCCACGAUGCCAUUCUGGAGGCCUGUCUGUGUGGAGAGACGGCCAUCUUGGUGAACGAGUUUGCGGUCACUUACAAAGAGAUGCUGCGAGUGGAUUCUCAGAGUAAUUCCUCUCAGCUACGGGAGGAGUUUCAGACACUCAACUCUGUGACUCCCCACCUGGAUGUGGAAGAGUGCAGCAUUGCUCUGUUGCCCAGAAACCGAGAGAAGAACCGCAGCAUGGAUGUUCUGCCGCCUGAUCGAGCCCUGGCCUUCCUGGUUACAACAGAAGGGGAGAGCAACAAUUACAUCAACGCUGCUCUUGCCGACAGCUUUCACCGGCAAGCUGCUUUUAUAGUGACCCCUCACCCUCUGCCGGGCACGACGGCGGACUUUUGGAGGCUGGUCUUUGACUAUGGCUGCACGGCAGUGGUCAUGCUCAACCAACUCAACCAGUCUAACUCUGCCUGGCCGUGUGUUCAGUACUGGCCGGAGCCAGGUUUACAGCAGUACGGGCCCAUGGAAGUGGAGUUUCUGUCCAUGUCAGCAGAUGAGGAUGUCAUUACACGUCUGUUUCGGGUCAAGAACGUAACAAGGCUCCAAGAGGGCCAGCUGGUGGUGUGUCAGUUCCAGUUCCUGCGCUGGUCGGCGUAUCGCGACGUUCCCGACUCCAAGAAGGCUUUCCUCAACCUGCUGGCUCAUGUGCACAAGUGGCAGAGGGAGUGUGGAGAAGGACGCACUGUUGUCCACUGCCUUAACGGUGGCGGUCGCAGUGGGACCUUCUGUGCCUGCAACAUUCUCCUUGAGAUGAUCCAGUACCAGAACAUGGUGGACAUCUUCUAUGCUGUCAAAACUCUACGCAACUGCAAACCCAACAUGGUGGAGUCCCUGGACCAGUAUCGAUUCUGCUACGACCUUGUCCUGGAGUACUUGGACUGCUUUGAUGGUAGAUAGCAACUAAAUGUUUACCACAGUGACGGUUUCCCAUGCGCUGGAGAUUCGAUUUUAAGGCUACCCAGUGACCCCUCUACUUUAAUGUUUGGACCUGUGGACUUGGCAUUGAAAGAACAGCAACUAAAGGAGACGGGGAAAAAAACAUGGUCAUGGUUCUAACUUUUAACCUUUAAUGUACAGAUGUGAUUUCCUCCUUGUUGGUGAUGUUUAUCUUUUUUGAUAUUUUUUGUGCUUUUCUUGGUCCUCUUUGCCUCCGGACUAAAGCUCUUUUGUGCUAAGGUUUUCUGUAGCAGCUAAACAACAUUCUGAGCUACAAAAUGGACCUGCCUGUUCUGAAGAAGGGUCACCCUGGCUGUGUUUCAUCGUUUCAUUUCAACAGCGAGGGAGCUGGAUGAAAUUCCAGAGUUACAGCAGAAUUUCUUCUCUCUUUAAGAGCUACAUACAACAGCAGUUCACUGUGGUUGUGGCAUAACUUAUCCACCAUACCAUAAACUGCCUUAUUCUCUGAUGAUAAGACAGAUUUAUUCAAAUCACUGAAUAAAUCUAAAAAGGGUGUCAUACUGGUGUACAGACAGCAACGAGAGAUUUUAACGAGAGACCUACAACAUUAGGAUAGACUAGCCCAGUCCUCAACAGUAUUGGUGCAGAAACUGUACAGUAGUGCAACGUGUUGUAUUUUUGCCAUGAUGUUUGUGCUGGAUUACCAUGUGUGCUAUAGGUGGAUGUUUCCCGGGACCACAGCACUGGGCCUGGUGCCAGAUUCCUGUCUCAUUACUGUCACAGUGCCAAUCCCAUUGACUGACUUGAAUCCUCUACUUUGUUCUACUGCUUCAUCUUGAUAUAUGCCUACAAACAUACAGUAUGUACUGCAUCAGCUAGUGUUCUUGCUCCAAAGUGAUUGUUUGUACUUUAAACCCGGUGGGAAAGAAAAAAGGAGCAGGGGAAACUGUUAGAAAUGUACUGACAUGCCAUAGUGGUGGUGUGAAAAAUGAUGUUCCAUUAAUGCUGUGGUGAAGUGUCCAAACCUGUGCCGCGUAACAGGUUUGAGCCUUUUACUCCUUUCUUGUCCUAGGCAUUUUCUUGUACUGUAAACUGUCGAAGCAAGCGAAACCAGUUUGAAUUUUAUCAUAACCCUAUGAGGAAGGAGGUUCAUUUUGACAAUUUGUCCAUGAAUAUUAGUUGUUGUUCCUAGUGGUGUAAAAAAUAAAUAAAGCAAAUAUAUACAAAUAAAAA